AUGUGUGAAUAUGGAGCAGACACUCUAGCUGGAUUGCACACGCAUCCAGCUCAACCUUGGUCAGAGGAAUACCAAUCCGAGUUCUACACUAUGUAUCAUCGUGUCAUUGACAAGAUCGAGGCAAUCGUAGGGGAGCAAGUUUGGGUUUUUGCCGACUUAAGUACGGGACCUGGUGUCAUCCGAGUUGAUGGCAAUAAGAAGGGGAUAUUCACUCGGGACAGGAAACCCAAAUUGACGGCUCAUACACUGAGAAAGAGGUGGGGUGGAUUGUGGGAGGAAACGGAAUGA